CGCCAUUGCAUGUGUUUUCCUACGUUCAACCUAAGGUUCAUAAUCUGGCCUUUUGAAAUUUCUCUCUUUCUCUCUGCAUUUUUAUCUAAACUCGAAUAUCAUGGGACUACCAUGGGAGCGUAUCACAGCCACUGCUGCUAUAGGUACCUUAUCGCUCGCAUGGGCACAGAACAAUUGGGCAAGACUACAGCUCUUGGGACACUUUACAGAGCUUUGGAUUGCGAGUCUCGCUAUCUGGGGCGUCUGGACAGUAUGGAUAUAUCCUUUAUUUGUGUCUCCCCUGAGGCAUCUUCCUGGGCCUUCCGGGAACCAUUGGUUCAUGGGUCAGGCAAAGAAAAUUAUGGCCGAACCCUCAGGUGUUCCAAUGCGAGAAUGGGCUUCUACGAUUCCCAACGAUGGCCUACUCUGCUAUCGCGGGUUCUUCAAUCAAGAGAGAGUGAUGGUCUGCUCACCGAAAGCCUUGGCUGAGGUACUUAGUACCAACAGUUAUGCUUUCCCGAAGCCCUCUCAUUUUCGAUGGUCCAUUGGUCGCAUUCUUGGAAUUGGCAUCUUACUUGCGGAGGGGGAGGAGCACAAGAUGCAGCGCCGCAGCUUGACACCUGCAUUCGCCUUUCGCCACAUAAAGAAUUUAUACCCGGUCUUCUGGAGCAAGGCUAGGGAAGUGACACGCACCAUGAUGGCAGAGUUCGGUGGGAAGGAAGAGGUCCAUGUCGAAAUAUCUAGUUGGGCAUCACGAGCCACACUCGAUAUUAUUGGUCUCGCUGGGAUGGGUCGGGACUUUGGCGCCAUUCAAGACCCUCAAAACACUCUCGCUCAAACAUACAAGCAGAUAUUCAAGCCUUCACGCCAGGCUCAGGUCCUCGCUUUUAUUGGUAUGAUUAUUCCCAUGCAAUUCAUCACCAAGCUACCUUUCCGUCGAAACGAGGAUAUUGCUAAGGCAGCCACCGAUAUCCGGGCAGUCUGUCGAGAUCUCAUCCGUGAGAAGAAGGCAAAAAUUGCCAAUAAGGAGCAAGCCGAUGUUGACAUACUAUCGGUCGCUCUUGAAAGCGGUGGUUUCACUGACGAAAACUUGGUUGACCAGCUCAUGACAUUCCUCGCUGCAGGGCAUGAGACAACAGCAUCAGCGAUGACCUGGGCAAUAUAUAUGCUCUCGAAACAUUCCGAUAUUCAGAGCAGGCUGCGGGACGAAGUACGCGAACAUCUUCCGUCUGUGGAUUCGGACGUCGAUAUCACCAGUCUCGACAUAGACCGCAUGCCAUACUUGAAUGCAGUGUGCAGCGAGGUUCUGCGAUAUUAUGCCCCUGUUCCAUUAACAAUGCGCGAUGCCGCCUACGAUACCACCAUUCUCGGCCAUUCAAUCCCCCGCGGCACACGCGUUGUCAUUGUACCGUGGGCUACUCAUUUUGAUACUGAGCUCUGGGGCCAGGAUGCGGGUCAAUUCAAGCCAGAGCGGUGGCUCCCAUCGGGUGGAGAGAGUGGUUCCGCUGACCGCAAAGCAGCGAGUGGUGGAGCGAGCAGUAACUACGCGUUCCUGACUUUCUUGCAUGGCCCACGGAGUUGCAUUGGAUCCAGUUUCGCAAAAGCAGAGUUCGCAUGUUUGCUAGCGGCAUGGAUUGGUCGCUUUGAGUUCACCCUUGCGAACCCUGAGGAGAUGGAUGAGAAGAAAGUGGAAAUUCGGGGCGGUAUAACGGCCCGGCCCGCGAAAGGUAUGCAUGUCAAUAUCAAAACAGCGAUAUUGCGUGAGAUGGCAUUCUUAUCCAAUGAGGUAGAGUUGCAAUACGAGGCCGGCACUAUCUACGGUAACACUCGCCUAACCAUCAAGUUCCCGCAAAUGUAUCAACAACACUCUCAGCAACGAGCAUAUGACCCUCAACGUUAUGAACAGUCCCCAAUGUAUCAACAGUCACCGCACGCGCCGCCUCAGUCGCAUAAUUCACAUCGACCACAGACACCUUCAAGUGUUUUCUCGUCCUCAAGUGACACAUCGACAUCACUAUUAGAUAUCUCGCGAUACAAGGACACGAAACAGUUUGGUGACCGUGUCAAACAGCGUCUCCACAGAAAGAAGAAGCAGAAGCGCCGCGUGCUUUACUUUGCCUACGGACAGGGAUACGUCCGGCAGCCAAAAAGCCGUACCCUGAGCCCCCGAAGUCAAAGCCGUGCCUCUGGUCAAGGCUAUGCCUUCUCUCCAGGUCAUGGUCCGAGUCAAGAACAUCGGCGGCGCAGCUCGGGGGGGUCUGAUCGCGCAUCGCGACCGACGCCUCGGAAGAAGACCGCUGAUGAAGAGAUAAUGGCCCUUGGCCAGCAACUCUCUGACUUAGCGCGGCGCCGAGGAUCAGGCAAGGGCAAGGCGGCUGCUCUGGGACUUGCAGCCGGCGCAGCUAUGGCAUCUGGUUAUGGCCGGCAGAAACACGGCUCACGGGGAUUGGGUAGCUCAAAGCAGCGCGAUGCCUCUGAUGAUGAGUCCUCUAAGCUUGCAUAUGGCAUCGUCGGCGAAUCUAUCAAGCCCGCAGCCACCACAACCGCUAUGGCUGGCUCCAGAAGGCCCUCAGACCGGGGUUCUAUCGUUGACCCUCGCCUCUUUGGCCCCUACAACUCUCUUCGAGGCUCAAUUAAUACUCCAUGUGGCUUCCAGGAUGAAGAACAGGCUGCCGCAUACCGUCGUGAUUCUGCUAGCCUAGAAACUGGUGGACCAAUUCAGAUGCGAGAGGUAGGCCAAUUCCCAAUGUCUGACAGGCGCCAGGAUUCGUCGACUCGACCCGCGCCGGUUCCCCUGCAACAGCCGGUUCCCAAGCAGGCGGUUUCAUCGAAACGCAAAUCCGAACAGCCCGAUGAAAAGGGCUGGGCAGGAGUUGCGACGGCUGGUCUCGCAGCAGCAGCGGAUAAUCGCGAGAAUCGUGAUGGGAGGAAGCAUGACCGUGAUGAUCGAGACCACCCCCUAGAAGCAGAGGAGCAAAAACUCAAAGAGCUCGAGCACCAAAAAGCCCAAGAGCUCGACUGGGAACGACGCCUGGCCCACCACACCCAGCGACAGGAAACAUUGGAGGACGAGCGUGAACGAAAUCCUAUCUUUCCCAAAACGGAGAAGAAGAAUGUUGAUGUUGUAGAUGUGUCUCAAAGGGAUCAGGGCGAAUUCAAAGUGUUACGUGAACCUGUUGUCCAAGCUGACAAUAACGAGCGUGAUGCGACUCAAGAUGGCCGUGACCUUCCUCUACCUGUCGGUGCUGGUCAUCGCGCUCUAAGCGACUCAACUCAAUCUGCACAUGAGACCAUCGAUCCCUUCCAGUACCAAGUUGCGGACGAUGCGUUCACAGUGUCUCAAAGAACCACACCUGGGCGCCCCCUUACACCUAAUGUUGUCACCAUUGAGCGCGAGCCUAAUUUCGACGACUCGCCGCCAAACUCGUUUGAGAUUGAGCGUAUGGUUGACGAGUACCGUCGGGAGACUCACGAUCCAUCACAACGUCGCGAUACUCAAGCUGGUCAUGAGUUCGAAGAGGACGAGCGAAAGGCCAAAUCUAUUCUUGAUGAGGCCAAACAUGCUACAAUUCCUGUUGCAGCUGCCGCAAUAGCAUCCGCCGUUGCAGUCGAACAUGAGCACUCUCAAGAGCAUGGACACCGUCGCUACCCGAAUAAUAGAUCUCAAGAUAGCUCAAGAGGUCGCAAGGAUACUGCCUGCAUCGCUCGAAAAAUUGCUUCUGACGAACUACGAUCUCGAAGUGCAUCUCCUGAGCGAUCUGUCGUCGACAAGUGGCAAGAAGAUAAGAAUGAUCCAUUCACGAUUGUCACACCACCGAUCAUGGAAGACAAGCACCCGGAUAAUAACAUGUUUGAUGGACCAGAUGCAGAUGUGAAGAUUGAUAACAAGAUAUACCCCCGGGAAGAACGCCAUUUCCGAAACCUGGAGCCUUCGCGAGAGCGUCCUGUCCUCAAUCUGAUAUAUCCUACUCCUGCCACGAGUCGCCAACACACGCCAGCUCCUCAAGCACAAGGUGCAAGACAGGCGGUUGAUGAAGUACCCACGCCUGACGAUGUCAGCAUUGGACCUAAGGGUGAGAUCAUCUCUGCUAGCGAACCCGUGUCUGUUGCCAAAUCUGUCAGCUGGGGCGAGAACGAGACGAAGAGCUUUGAAGUAGACACACCAGAGAACCGAAGCGAUUCCGACAAUUACUUUCCUACUGAUAAAUCUCGCUGGGGUAUUCUUGCCGCGGCACUGGCUGGUAGCAGCGCCGAGCCACACAACGAACCUGAGUUUGUAGUCUUUCCGGAAGAAGCAAGCAGGGACAUCUCUGUUCAUAGGGUUGAAGACGUUUCCGGUGACGAUACGAUGCACGAACCUCCAAUUCCUGGGCCUAAACCUCCAAGCCCACAUCCUCAACAGAUGCCUGGCGGCUUUGCAGAUGACUUUGAGUUUGCUGCUACCCUUGCUGCGGGCCUGAAGGAUACUGGCUUCAACCCCGACAUUGUCAUUGAUGACCCCUCAUACAGUCGGCGUGACUCUCCUCCAGGUGUCCAAGAGGCAAACGGUGACUCUCAUGGCAGCACAAAUGGCAAUUCCUGGUACAAGCGACCUUACGCCGAGGUCAUUCCCGAGCCUAGAAAUGACAACAUUCCAAAACUUCUUCCCGAGCAAGGGUUUGUUCUCGGAGAAGUUGAGACCCCUCAGGAAACGCCCUCUAUUCGCCACGAAGGCGAACGCGACAUCAAGCCCGACUCGCCAAAGCCUGAAGACGUGCCACUUCCUCAAGACAGUUCUGACACUACAAAGUUGAGCAAGCGAGAACAGCGCAAGCGAGACAAGUCUAACGUUGUCGUUGUUCAAGAUGAUGGAAAGAUUGAGAACACCAAAGCGGAGCCGUCACCUUCAAGGGAGGUCGGCGAAGAGGUAUGGGAAGAUACCACUCGCAAGAGAGGGAAGAAGGAUCGCAAGGGCCGCGAUUCCGAUGACAUGAGCCCGAGAACCUCUUCUACCGAUCACUACGCAAGCGACGCACCAGUCAGAGACACCAGAUCUGAUCAUGAUCUUGAAUCGAAGAAUACCCUUGCAGAAUACGAUCGCAGCCAGAGCUUCAACACCGCGGAUAUCGCCAAGGUGGCUGUGCCAGCCCUCGCUUUGGGUGCGCUUGCCGCUUCAAGUUCAAGAAACACACCCUCUCGCGACGUUCGCUCUGAAGACGAGCAAGACGUUCCCAGGAAGUCGCACAGGCAUUGGAAUGACGACGAUUACUACUAUGACGACAGGUCUCACGUCUCCGCCCCUGUGAAGCCUUCGCACCAUCGCCAUUCAUCUCGAGACAUAUCCUCCCGAGACGUUCGAUCAGACGAUGAGCGAGAAGAUCACAGGCAUUCAAGCAAGCAUAGGAUGGACCGCGAUCCUCGCGACGAUGCCAGAUACCGAGGUUCUUCUACACUGGACCCCACUGAUCGACGGUCUGCAAGACGAGGAGCAUCUCGAGAUCGUUCAAGAGAUCGUUCAAGAGAUCGUUCAAGAGAUCAUAGGUCCAGAGACAGGUCACGGGAUAGAACAAGAGAUCGAUCCCGAGAUCGAUCUCAUCACAGAAGGUCUGAUGAUGAUGAGCGGCCAAAAAGAUCGAAGCGUCACUCAUACGGCAAUGACUCACCAACCCGGUCAUUAGCAGCCUCCGAAAUCUCUGUUGGUAGUUCAAGCAGCAAGAGAAGCAAGAGGUCGAAACGAAGGAGUGGAGCCGAAGAAGAUGUCGACGACAACAGAGAGAGCCCAUCGGAUCGAAGACGUGACUUCUUCGACGACCGAGAUGUUAGCUCUGUCGUAUCUGAGUCACGUGGAGAUGACCGUCGGCGCGAGAGCGGACAUAGACGCAAGUCUUCGCGUUACGAUGAUGACGACGUGAAAUCAGUUGCAUCCAUGCCUGGCUCAUCUCGCAGGGACAAGGAGUACAAAGAACGCAGAACCCCUGAGAAGCGACCAAGCAGUAGUGUUCUUUCUAGCCUCUUCAAAUCGCGUAAGGAUAAGAAGGAUUCUUUUUUAGAUAAUGCCGGCACCCUUGGCGCGGGUGUCGGCUUAGCGAGUGCAGCGGCCAUUGUUGCGUCUGAUGCUGCUCGUUCCAACGCCGCUGAUACCUCAUCAGAUCACGAGAAUUCUGUCUCUCGUGAUGGCCGGCCUCGUGCGCGCAGCUUCGAACUGGUUGACCCCGAAGUCGUGCCCCGUGUUAUCAAACCAGCCAUUGACCCUCAAUAUGGUGAUCUCCUUCCGCUACCUCCCAGCGAACCAACUAGCCCUUCUUCUGGUCCGGAGGAACUACCCCCUCUUCCCGACAGCAGGCCUGACACACCCCCAGAGGAGCGUAUUAUUCGACGAGAUUCGCGUACUCAUCAGCGACGCCGUAGCGUUUUUGACACGCCCACAAAAUCACCCAGUCGAACUGCUGUUCCUAUCGCCCUUCGUUUGGGUCAUAGGUCAAACCCCGCCUCUCCUGUUAGCUUCAAGGCGUCCCCUGCUAGUUCCCCUAUAACGUCUCAUUCGGAUGCUGUGGUCAUGUCAAGGCGAGCAGCUCGACCAACAUCCUGGGACAACAGUCGAGAAAUCAUGCCUUUGUAUCUUCUUGAACACUCACGACACCAACAACCAACUACUGGCUCAGUGCUACCUGCGCUCCCACCUAGUGAACCUAGCGAGACUUCUGCAAGGAACUCACCCGAAUCCGAGUUCCUCAAGCAUAAUGACGAUUAUUUCGGCUCUGAACUUGACUUUACCGGGCUUGAUCUUCGUGUUGAUACCGAAUUAUCGGAGCAGCAUCCUAAGGACUCUGUCGCAGGAUCUCAGGAAACAACGCCUCGCGCGGAGUUCAUGCCCAUGCUCCCAGGCCCUCUCCCCUCUGACGCUGCCGGAGAGCAUGAGAAGGAACCGACAACUUCUCUCCCGAUACCUGCGGAAGCCAUCAGCAAGGACAUGGAAACUGACGUCUCUGCUGCACCGUUGCCCUUUGACGCUUCUGCUGUGGCUGCUCCUGUGGCCUUGGCUUCUCAUGCUUUUUUGGAAGGCCAGCAACGAACUCACUCACCCGCAGACAAAACGGAUGACCUUACAUCUGCUGAUGAGCAUUUCUCGGACGCUCUCGAGGGUCACUCAGAGCAGAUGUCACCAGGAGAAGUUGUUUUCAAGUCUGUCACUGAGCCUGUUGCUGAGUCCACUGCUGAGCCUGCCACCGAGCCUGCCACCGAGCCUGCCACUGAGUCCACUGCUGAGCCUUCUUCCACUGAGCCCGCUGUUGAGCCCGCUGUUGAGCCUGUCACCGAGCCUGUCACCGAGCCUGUCACCGAGCCUGUCACCGAGCCUGUCACCGAGCCUGCCACCGAGCCUGCCACCGAGCCUGCCACUGAGCCCGCUGUUGAGCCUGUCACCGAAGCCACGAGUGAGACCGCACCUAAUUCUUCUACAAUUUCUGCAGAGGUUACCACAUUCAAGCAAUCCGUAACUCCCGAAGAAGAUGAAGCUGUUGGUGCUACUGACGAAGUCCUCGAGCCUAUUCUUGCAGACUUUUUGGUAGAGGAUAGCACCCGAGGACUCGCAGUUGGGUCCGCAGUUGAGGAUGUCACAGCACUGUCCCCAGAACUUCCGUCACAGGCAGUUGAGGAAGCAGGCCCUGAGAUAGUUGAGCCUUCCAAUGUCCAGAACACCAAAACUGCUAUCGACACUACUUAUGAAAAUCCCGAAUUCACCAGCGCGCCGGACAGCAUAUUUGUCACAGAUCCCAUUAUUGAAGCAGUUUCAGUAAGCGAUUCCACGACGAAGUCCACCGCCCAGCCUAUGGACGAAAAGCGAACUACCGAUACUGCUCGCGACAUCAACACCGGGGUGACCAACCCUAUUACCGAGCCUCAAUCCGUACCAGCUAUUGUUGCCCAUACUGAGCCUGCCACUGAAGACUCGCAAACACCGUUCGUAAAGCCUGAGGACACCGUUGCCCAGCGUGCAGAAAAUGAGAUUACCACCGAAGAGUGGUCAACCAUGAACGCAAAGGAUAGGAAAAACAUGAAGAAGAAGCUUAAGAAGAAGGGACUUGAACCGAUCAUUCAAGACUCAUUCAACAUUCUAGUCCCCACUGCUAGCAAGGAUGACCAUGCCGUCCCAGGCGACGAGGCUGCCGCAGUGAAUGAAGCAUCUGAAACAAAGCCGGCUAUGGUUGAACUCGAGCCCACUCACGAAUCUACACCUCAACCCUCUCAGGAUCCUUCUACCGACCCAUUCGCCACCGAAGCCGUGAAACCCCAAGAGCCUGAGGCUUCGCAUGAGGAACAGCAUACGAUCGCACAGUCUGAAGAGGCCCAGGAAGUCGUUGAGCAAAACAAACCAGUUGAUUCGAACUUAUUGGCGGACCGGGAAGCGGAGGAGCCACCAAGAGGGCUAGACAACGCCAUCGAAUCUGUGGUACCACUAAUAGAGCCUGAACCCGUAAUCGAAUCUUCUGUCAAUGCUCAAACUACCACGGAAUCGACCUCCAUCACUGCUUCGCCUAUUGCAGAAACGGCCCUUGAAGAGCAACUGGUGUCUCCAUCCAAGAGUAAGAAGAAAAAGAAGAAGAGCAAGAUGCAGCAGCCAUCCGAAGAGGAAGCAACUUCUGUAGAGCCAACAGUCACCGAGGUUGAAGGCGCAGAUGCGUUUGAUGCUUGGACGGAGCCAGUCGCGCCCACUGAACCCUCUGCUGAAUCAUCUGAAACAGUUGCUCAUGGUGACUCAGGUUCUAUGGUGGAACCACUCUCAGAGUUCCCUGUUGAGCCUGUCGAUGCAGAUGCAUUCGAUGCCUGGGCCCAACUAGAUACCAUGGCUGAAAGCGUAGAUGCUCUAGAGAAGACACUGGAUAAAUCUACGAAAACUUCUGACCCGGCUUCCGAAACUCCGAUUUCGAAGAAGAAGAAAAAGAAGAAGAAGGGCGCCAGAGCCGAUGAUGAGCCAGUGGUGGAGAAACAAGACAUGCCUCAAAUAGGGGAACCUCUUCAAGAUACCAACAAAAGCUUGAUAGAAGAGCCGCCCGUUCUGGUAGCUGAGCCUGCCGAUCCUGUUUUGUUAUCCAAAAAUAAUGAUCAAGCUCCCGAGCCUGACGAUCCUGAGUCCAAAGAUGAUGUCGACUAUCAUCCGACCGCUCACAGACAAAGCCAAGGAUACUUCCCAUCUGCUCUUCGUGCACUCCCCGCCACGGCUGGAAUUUCCGCUUUCAAGAGGAUGUGGGGAUUCCGGGACCAAGCGCAGACACAAAAUAAAUCGGGCGAACCUGAACCUGAUGCUCAGACCCAGCCUGAUGCAGUAAGUGCUGAUAAGUCAGCGGCAACAGACACUAGGGAUAAAGAGACUACUAGCCCAGACAUUCCCGCUGCUGAGACCGCUCCCGAUACGCAUGCCAACAAAGCGGCUCACACCACAUUAGAAGCCCAGAUUUCUGAACCACUCUUCUCUCAAGGAGAUGCGCCGGCAGACGAAUCUCAAGGAACUUCUUUUGGACUGGAACCUUCUCAAGUUGACGAAUCAGUCAAAGCCACAGGGGAUGCUAACCGCGACAUUCUUGCUGAGGAUGAAACAGCCCCGAUCUCGGUUGUUGAGGAGGAAUCCGCCGAAAGCGUGGUGGAGGCAACAGGGGCUACUGAAGUCAAGUCCGACGAAAUCAAACAAGAAGACUCCUCGACAAUAACUACGGCUGAUGAUAAGUCCCCGGCACAUGAAUCCACUGAGGCUACGUACAAGGACUCAACAAUAGCAGCUCAGGCUGAUCUUGGCCAGCUUGUCAAAGAAGAGCCUAUUAAUCCAGUUGAGGAUGAGGAUCUUGUCGAAGCCAGCACUGAAGAAGUGCCCAAAGAAGAUGCCAGCAAGACAACUGGAGGAGAGAGUGCGAAGUCCACCGACGCAACGGGAUUGAAGAAGAAGGCCAAGAAGAACAAGAAGAAAAAGAAGAACCAACCUAGCCAGGAUGAGGCUCCCGAGGAGGAGACCAAAGAUACCACUACGCACGUUGAAAUCAGCCAGGACGUAUCAGAUCCCAUGGUUGAAUCUUCUGACUCUAUUUCGACACAUGGCGUACUAGACGAACCAGAAGCCAAGGACCAACCACCGUCUGAUGAUAGGCCAGUUGAGAACGAACCUCAAGAGCAGUCACCGUUGGAUACUGCUUCAACUGAUGAUCAGGUGUCUGAGCAUGGGCAUAAGGAACGGCUGCCGAAACGAUCACAGAUUGAUGACCACUCGGCGGAGCAUCACGUUCCGGAUCAAUCUGGGAUCGGAAAAGAGCCAGAACAGCUUCAAGCCGAUGGCCAGCCAUCUCAGCCUGGAGCUGAAGAACAGCCCCAAAUGGGUGAUGAACCGUCCGAGGCUGCACCCACAUUUGGCAACUCAACUGUCCCUGAUAUCAGGGAUGAAUCACAAACAGCAGACGCACAGAGCGAAAAGCCAGUGAACGAACAUUCACUAGAUGAGCUACCACCGGCCGCAGAUGAUGUUUCCCCUCAACUUGCUCUUGAUGAAGCCCUGCCUCCAGAGAGACCAGAUGCUCAUCCUCUGGAGGUGGAAGCCGCCGAGGAAGAACCCUCACUCGCAGCAGAGAUCGAAGCUCUCCUGGAGAAGAGAGAGAGGAGGAAAGGGCGUCUUUUGAAGAAGGAUCAAAUACGUCUUGCUGCCCUUGAAGAGAGUGCCGCUCGAAGCAAUACUGAAGGACCCGCCCAGGAUGAGGAAGUGCCUACCGCCAGGCCUCCGGAUGUCAGUGAAGUCCGCGCCAAUGAAGUUUCGACUGAAAGUGAGACUCAAGAUGUUGGACAACCGACCGAGACCACCGAGGCGGCAAUGUCCCUGCCGGUUGUAGAAGGGACCGAGGAAAACAUUGAUGCUAUUGACACGGUUCUGGCGAGCAGCAAGAAGUCAAAGAAAAAGAAGAAGAAGAAAUCGGUAUCUCUUGUUGAGAACGAGGAAGUUCAAGUAUCCGAGCCCGUGCGCCUCGAUGAGUCUACAGCCAGCGUCAACGAAGUACCGGUUGCGGAACCAGUUGCCAAGGAGGCGUCAAUUGAAGUGCCACCAAAGGAUGCCGAACAGCCUGACAUCCCUGCUAGAACGGCCAUUGAAAGCCACCCUGAAGCAAAUUCGGCUGCUAUUGUGGAAGAGGCCGAGCCAGAGACCUUAUCCGAUAAGAAGAGCAAGAAAAAGAAGAAGAAGAAGAAGAAUGCCUCUUCUGACGAGCCAGAGAAGCAGCCUGAAGCCGAACCCACACUCCAAGAACCUCCUGAGUCAACUUCUGAAGAUUUGAUCUCUGAUACAGCCAAGAACUCUGCCUUGCAAGAAGCAAAGUCCGACGUUGCCCAGACUGCAGAGUCAAAUGAGCUGUCGCCUCCCAUGGAGUCGAAAACACAGCCAGCUGAUGCCAAGACCACCGUAGAAACCCCUUCUGUCCAGGAACCAACACCAGCCACCGACAGGCCUGAUAUUGUAGCACUCGAUGAACCUCCCUCCGAAAAUCCUCCCAAAAAGGACAAGAAGAAGAAGAAGAAGGCCGAAAAGAAGAAGGCUGCUCUUGAAGAAACCCAGGAAACUGAAACUGAGCCUGGCCUUGCUGCCUCUUCUCAGGAUGCUGACGUUUCGACCCCUAAGCAGACCGAUGAAAACGAGACACCUGACACAGCGGUUCCUUUGGAGGAUAAAAUAACUCCUCCAGCCGAUCAUAUCAAUGUACCAGAUACCGCUGGUCCUGAAGACGAGCGGGACAACGAUUUUGAAAUCCUGCAGGACCCCGAGACCAACCGUCCAACGGAGCCGGAGACGAUUCCGGAUCCGGAAAAGCAGGACGUCGCCGCCGCCGCCGUGGAUAAGGCCCAGAGCCAAGGAUCUACAGAGGCUGGCGAUCUUGAAGCCUCUGAACUAGAAGACAAUAAGGAAUUUGCAGGCUUGUCAAAAAAACAGAUCAAGAAGUUGAAGAAAACGCCCAAGGAAACCGGAGCCUCUGAAGAGCCCCAGGCAGAUCCAGAGCCUGACUUUAAGAAUGAGAAAGAAGGACUCCCGGAGAUUGAGGAGAUUUCCAAAAAUGAGACUCAAUCUCUGGACAACACCAAUAUUCACUCUCCGACUGGACAAGCUAUUGCCAAGCCUGAAGCUGAUGCCGGCAUUCAGGGAUCACACCUUGAGUCUAAGCAACAGACAGCCCCUGGACAGGAUAUCAUUGUUCCUGCGCCGGAGGUUGAUACUGAGGAUCAAAAGAGCGUGACACUCAAAGAACAUGUUGAAACGAUUGAGGCCGAUGUCGCAGCCAAGCCAAAUCUCACGGAAGAGCUCAUUCAAGAUCCCUCGCUCUCUUUCGAAAUAAAGAAUGAUACGACAGACAGCACACAUUCUUCUUUGUUAAAUGAGAAUAUAUCGACAGGCGCACCUCUCGGAUCUGCGGAUGAAAUUGCCCCUGGACAAGCGACUUAUGAUAAUAUUGAUGGAAACACUGAUGUUCUACAUGGUCUCAAAGAAGGCAAACCAGAUCAUAACCGGGAACUCAGUGUCACAAACACAGCUGCUUCUGAUACCGUUGCCUAUGAUGCAGUUGAACAACCCCCCCUGGGCAUAGAGUCUUUCGAGGACCACCCUUCACCGCCAGACACCACUGAACAGGCGUCAGAUAUUCCCGCCCAGCCCAAGUUGCCGAAUUCAACCUCUCAACAGGCUCAUGAACAGUCGCAUACUCCACCGAUCCCGCUCAUCGUUCAAAAGGUUACCGAUGCUUCCAAGAAUUCAGCAGACCCUGACCACGGCAUGACUGAGGCCUUUGAAAGUUUGUCUCCAGCAGAGAAAAAGAACAAACCCGCUGACGUCGACAUCGCUCCAAACCUCGCAGUCGUUCAUGAAUUGAUGACACCUGCAAAUCCUCCAGCAAACUCCGUAAUUACUGCUGCAUCCACGUCUGACCCAAGGGCAGGCUUGGGAGCCUCUGAUUCCCCUAUUGCUGUCGACAUAGAAAAUGAGGAACAAGAUCAGUUUACGAAGGAGAGGACAACAAAACCCUCUUCCGAAUCUCAACAUGAAGAAUCUUCUUCUGCACCAUCUCAUGAGCUUGCUAUUUCUCAUCGCAAACUCAAAUCAUUGGAUGGUGUAGGCGUCCAAGAUUCCGAACCAGUCAAUGAGGCCGAUGAGAACCAAGUGGCCGAGGGGUCGAUUUCGCCUGAUUCUCCAAACCAGCUGAUGGACACUACAGCUGAGAAUGAGUUUACCGCCGAGGAAAAGAUGGGUCUCGACCCAAUCAUUCAGCCUUCUUUUGAACCGACUCACUCAAUUGGCAAACCUCUGCCCGAACUUGUGUCCGAAACUAGCCCUCCUAUAUCUCAAAUCGAAUCAGCGCCAAGGACAUCUACUAGUAAAGACAAUGUUGGGAAGAAAACGACCUUCGAGACACGAUCAAUCCGCGAGACUGAGCUUGAUCAACAAAAGCCGCUGGAUGGUGAUACUGGACCUUCUCCGAUGCAACAAACCAAGAGGGAACCGAGCAGCGACACAAAGACGGACGACGAAGUUCAGGCUUUGACCGAGACACAAAUCAUAGCAGAGACACCCGAAGACCAGGAGCCGGGAAGCGACGGCGUGCCAAUUCCAUCAACUAUCGCGUCAAAAUGGGAAUCACCGCCGCAGAGCAAGCCGAAUCAAGAACACUCGUCCCAAGAUAUUCCAGAGAUCGAUGCGGGUCUUGAAACACGUGAAGCCAAGGAGACCAAGGAAACCAGGGAACACGAUGAGCCUGCCCUUGUUCCAGCAGAGAGUUUCACGGACCACGAAGCUUGCCUUCUAUCUGCUGAGCUUGUUCAAAAGCAUCAAAUUGACGGCAGGUCCUGGGACAAGUAUACACCUGACGUUCCACAAGAACCCCCCAAACAAGCGAUGAGCUUUGAUUUGGCUGAACUUAGUAACGCUGAUAACUCAGUUGAGGUUUCCAGGUCCCAUCUGGACACAGAAGGAAGCUCUGGCCUACGAGUCGUUUCUGAUCUGGAGUUCGAGUCAACAGAACCUCGGCACGAUGCCACAACGCGAUCAGCGACAGAUAUCCCUGAUUCAAGAAACAACACCUUAGAUGAAGAUCUUGUCGAGAAGGAAGAACAGAAGAAGCAGCCGAAGCCGAAUUCAAACACUGCUCCUCUCGUACUAAGCGAUGUCAACAAAAACUGUGCACCAACGCCUGCUGAUGCAAUGUUGAACGAUCCUCAUGAAACCCAGCCAGGAACCGGACUUCCAACCACUGACCAGUCGGGCGAUGCCUUCCCGGAGCCAGAACCACCAUACGGGAGUAGCUGUCACCCCGCUGUGCCUGACGAAUCAAAUAUGGAAGACUCAACGACACCGCAUUUCCAGAAUGACAAGAACAUAAAGACGGGCUACGCUUCUGAGACGUUAACCACAGAAGAGAAAGCUUCCCCAGAGCUAGCAAGCCGGACGCGCACCGAGUUCCCCCGAGCUUCUAACAGCAAGGCCCAAGAAGUUAUGCCAAACCUCUCACUUGCCACAGAAGGAAAGCAACACCUUGAAAACAAGUACAGGGACGACCCUGUUGUUGAUUUAACUGUCGCCGAGAAGGAAGAAGCGGAUGUCCUCCUUCAAGAUUUUGGUACUGGAAACCCCACUGUCAAAACUGCACAAAGCGGGCCGUCGCUGGCGCAGGUUGAGGCAAAUGCAUCUGUUGGGCCCUCGCCAAGACAGCUCUCUGAACCUUCACCUGCUGCCGCAGAAGAUCCGCUCAAGCAAACGGAUCAUGGAUCUAUCGAAGCAGCAAGAGAAAGGAAUCAAGGAAUGCUAUCUAAUCAAGUUGUUUCUGGCGAUCCUGUCAAUAACUACCUUCUCUCAGAACCGAAUGCCCCAGUUUCCAAAGAGCUUGCGACAACGGAAGUGUUAGAUGAUUUACGGCCAAUACUGCCGCCACAGGACGGUGACCUAAUCCAUGCCAAGCCUUUUCAGCCCGAAUUGGUAAUCGAAAGUCAGCCAGAUACAGCCGUUCAAGUUGCAUCAGGUCCUGGAACAAGUGAUAUCGCUCCUGCUCCGACAAAAGAUGUGGACGAGGAUACGGAGAUGACGCCAGCUUCCACGAGUCAUUCCAUUGCGGCUUGGUCGGAGGAGAUAAAAUCGAAGAGAAGCAGUCACUCCAAUGGGCCAUCAACCCGGAAAUCAUCAUUACAACAAAACUUCGAUGCAAAAGAGGGAAAGAGGACCCUAAGAGAAUCCGACCCACAAGCCGUAAAAGAACCUACGGAUGAACCAGACCUGCAUAAAUCCAGCAAGCCCACCACUGCCGCAACGUUCAGCUCUGCCAUUAAAGGCGCAAGACAAGAAGAAAAGAAACCCAAAAGCAGGGAUGAGACAGUGGAAGAAAGGAACAAGGAACCGCAAAAUGAUGUGGAAGCAGCAACAAAAGGCUCAAAUGACACCAAAUUAACUGCGAAAGAUAUUGACAAAAGGACACAGGGAGAAACCCCGACGCACCAAGACGUCCAGGAUGCGAGGAGGAAGAAACCAGAAAAAAACUUCGCUAGUGAUGCUAAAGACAAAAGCGAACUGGCAGAGAGAAAACCAAAAGCUUCAAGAAAGACAAACAAUGUCACAUCGUCUAGUAGGCGCUCGGAGAGCUACGAGGGAACAUCGGAAAAAGAGCGCAAAUCAACUUCGCGGCAGUUAUAUGCAGAAACGUCAGACACGAUGGAAAGUCCGCCUCUUCUUCGUCGUGGAUCUGACGUUGAGGAGCCUAAAAGCGGUCUGUUACGAGAGGACAGCAAGACAUUUACACCACAGGUGGGAUCGGAAUCGGACAUUAUCCCAGAGGUUCCCGAGGCCGAAGUUGAGCCAGCCAAGGAUGCAUUCUCAACACCAAAAGCCAAACGCGACAGCGCUCCUGCACAUCGUGACAGCGGAUUUGGAGGGGAGGCUUCACGCGACAGUGGAGCGCAUACCGAAGACUGGGCUGAAAGGGAAAGUCAGAUACAGCCAGUUGCAGACCGCGCGGUCUUGCAAACUCCCGAUCCACCGAGCGAGCGAAGACUUCGUCGAUCUCCGCGAGGCACACCGGUGUUGCGAGAGCCUGCAAAGAAACAAUAUGGGGCUCUAACUCCAGCUGGCACGGCAGUCGCCGCCGUUGCAGCGGUUUCUGGUCAGAGAAGCGCUUCAGACAAUGCCACUCCUUCUCGCCGCCUCUCUCGGCGCAUCAACCGCUCGUCAGGCACCCCCACACCACCGCUCCGCCGUGUUGACAAGCGAAUGAGCAGUGAUUUGCGGGCUCUACGUCAACAAAACACCACCGCCGCCGCACCCAUCAGUUCCACGCCUGACAUGGCCGACGUCUAUGAUGGCUUCGGUGAGGGUCGCAUCGGCUCACCCCGGUCACCAACCCGGCCACACAGCAUGCGCCGCCGACAAAGCAUGCAGGUUCUCGAACUCGAGAAUAAGGUCGAGCAGCUAAUGGCCGAGAACCGAAUGCUCACAGAAGCCCGUGCUAUGGCUGAGACGAGCCUUAGUCAACGAGCUGCCAGCAGUUUAGCCGAUCGCGAUGUUGAAAUCGACAAUCUCAAGCGGUCAUUACAAUUUCUUCAGAACGAAGUCUCUAGACUUACAGAAGUUAACGACGGUCUUGCAAGCGCCAACGCCGAGCUUGCAAGCAAAGACAAUGGCCGUGUAACUGAUCUUGAGAGUCGCAAUGCCGCUGUCGCGCGUGAGCUAGAAGAAGCUCGACGCGAGAAAGGCAACACUGAACAGUCUCUUGAAGCAAAGGACGCAGAAAUUGCCGAGCUUCGCGCCAAACUUGAUUCUGCCAAAGAGAAAAUUCGUGACCUUCAGCGCCAGAUUUUAGAAGCCAAGGCUGGCGACGACCAUUUUCUCAACAUCCGCGAUGAGGAUCAUUUCGACCAUCGUUGCCAGCAACUUUGUUCCCAUGUUCAGCAAUGGGUGCUUCGGUUCUCCAAAUUCUCUGAUAUGCGCGCCUGCCGCUUAACAAGCGAGAUAAAUGAUGAGAAGACAAUUGAUCGACUCGACAACGCCGUACUUGAUGGAUCCGACGUCGACGUUUAUCUCCGGGACCGUGUGAAGAGACGCGAUAUCUUCAUGUCCAUGACCAUGAACAUGGUUUGGGAAUUUGUCUUUACUCGCUAUCUUUUUGGCAUGGAUAGAGAGCAGAGACAGAAGCUUAAGUCACUGGAGAAGCUGCUGACCGAAGUCGGCCCUAUCGAAGCGGUACGCCAAUGGCGCGCCGUUACCUUGACUUUACUGGCGAAACGCGAAAGUUUCAAGCGUCAACGUGAUCUGGAUACAGAGGCUGUUGUUCAGGCCAUCUUCCAAACACUGUGUAAGAUCCUCCCACCACCGUCGAACUUGGAAGAUCAAAUUCAAUCUCAGCUACGACGUGUCAUGAGAGAGGCCGUUGGUCUCUCGAUCGAGAUGCGGACGCAAAAAGCUGAAUAUAUGAUGCUGCCGCCUUUGCGCCCUGAAUACGACGCGGACGGUGAACUUACCGCGACAGUUCAAUUCAACGCAUCAAUGAUGAACGAACGAAGCGGCAGCAUUACAACCUCAAAUGAAGACCUUGAGGCACAAGGUGCCAUUGUUCGGGUUGUGCUUUUCCCACUUGUCGUCAAAAAGGGAGAUGAUAAUGGUAAGGGCGACGAAGAGAUAGUGGUAUGCCCUGCACAGGUUCUUGUGCCCCGCUCCAAGGGUCUGUUCGGUGGCGCAAGUGAUGGUGGGAGCACUUCCAUCGGCGCUCGGAGUCAUAUUAGUCUUGUGACUGAGACAAUGGGUCAAACUGAGGUAGAUUAUGUAGAUUAA